CCAUUGUCACGAUCCCGUAAUUAAUAUAAAUCUUAAGCUUAACUCAUCGACAUCAACAAAAGAUUAGUCAAGAAAAAAAAAAACUCUUACGGAGAGAAAACAUUCAAAACAAAAUGAAAGUUUGGAGCCAAAGAUUAUCGUUUCUAAUCGUCAUGAUCUUCAUUUUGGCCGGGCUUCAUUCCUCUUCCGCCGGCCGCAAGCUCCCUAGUAUGACGACGACGGAGGAGUUCCAGCGAUUAAGUUUUGACGGCAAGAGAAUAUUAUCGGAAGUGACCGCCGACAAGAAGUAUGAUCGGAUCUACGGAGCUUCUGCUAGAUUAGUUCCCAAAGGUCCUAACCCGCUUCACAACAAAUGAUAUAUUUCUAUACUAUUAUAGUUACAUUUUGUCGCCAAUAAUUAUACUAUCUUAAUUAAGUUUGUUUAGGGUUUUGUUUAGAAUAAUUUAAUCUACCUUGUGUCUCAACAAAUUCUGUUAUUGCUGGUUCUUUAAUUUCUUGUAUUUUGUAGAUAUAUUGUAUGAUAGAUAUACGUACAGAGACUUAUGUAACUUUCUUUUUUCAUAUUUACAUUUAUUUAUACGAUGUUGAAAAUAUGUAUCAAAUAUUGAUUUGCACGAGAUGAGAGGGGUGAUUAUUUUAUAUUUUGAUUAUAGUUCAUUAUAAUAAAUAUGACAUGUUACUAGUUUG